AUUGAUCGAUUCAAUUCACUCUACAUUGAAAGAUCGCGAACAUUAAGUCUUGCAAAUCCCAUCGGGAGUAUCGUCGAUUCUGAUACAAGAUCAAUAAUCAAAGGAUCAGAAAUUUUCGAGUAUCAAUUCUUAUUCACCUUAAAGAGAUCAUAUUCUCAACCUAAAUGUUUGAUUCUCUUUGAAGGUAAUAAUGUUAAAAUUGGUAAAAAACGUCGUUGGAAACGAGCCAAAGUGAUCAACACUAUUCGCUCAAGUUUACCUCAUGAUUGCGCUGUUAUUGGGAUCGACGCUCAUUAUGGGAUAAUUGGUGAAGAUUCAGAGUCAACAUUAAGCCGAUACAAAGACCCGAUGACAAUAAGCUAUGAUUUAUGUGGCCUAUUUGGUAUCUCUUGUUUCAUGCUACCCAAAUACGAAGGUGUGACAAUAACAAUCUUCGAACGGGCAACCGAUGAAUUAGAGGAAGAUUUUAAUUUUCCCGAUGAUGUUAAAGCGGUCAUACUUUUCUCAUCUGGGGUUGGUCAUCAUGGUAAUUAUUUGGCCCAUUCUCAGGUUGAUGCGAUUUUUGACCAUUUUCAGGGUCAACUGGCCUUGGGUGGAGCUCAGGUCAAUGAUAAACUGGUCACUAGACAACCGACUGUCCUUUACUAUUCCGAUGACACGGCCAACUUUUACUUUAUCAACAGACCUCCACCUUAUAAUUCAAUGUUUAAUCCAAAGAAAAUGUCACUCAUUGGAAUACAAUUCAGUGGAUCAAAUUGUUCAGCAGCAAGUUUAUCAAUCGAUUCAUUGGUUUCAAAUGAUUAUAAUGACGGUGAUUUGAUUAUGAAAGAAUUGGCCCACAUUGAGGCGACACUGAUUGAAUUUAGGUCCAACCUAACAUUUGCUUGUGUAGGUGGCAAACAAAUGCAUUAUUAAUCAGUGAAGAAAUGU